UGUGUGGGGGGGGCUAAUGCAUGUUCUGUACUUAUUGCAAGACUCUCCUGUGGCUGCAGACAAAAUGCACUCAUGGACAACUGGAGAGUGAAGACAAUGAAAGGAAUACACAAGUAGACCUGGCAUCCCGAAGUCAUCCUGGCCCCAGCGCAACUGGGCAGCCUGAUGAAACAAUCCCUUUGCAAGAGAAGAACUACCUAAUACCCAUAGAAAAGGAGAGGAGGAAGCUGGUUCCUGCAAAUGGGAAGGACUCAGAAAAUGCUCUGCGCCAGUCUUUUUUACAUUUUGUGGAAGAGGUGCCCCUCAACAAGUGGCGUUCCUACAUGAUAGUCCUUGGUUUGACAGACAAUGAGAUUGAAAUUGCUAAAGUGGAUGCCAGAGACAGUGUCAGAGACCAGCACAUUCUGAUGCUUCAGACAUGGCAGGAGAAAAAUGGGAAGAAGGCAUCUUUAGACAUGUUGCUGGAGACGCUCUGUGACCCAACUAUGAGUCUCGAGGGGGUUGAGCUAAAAAUAAGAAAAGCCCUGAUCUCUGCACAUCUGUAUGUCUAUGAAGAGUGA